AUGUCUUUGAAAGCGCAGGAUUUUCUUGUACAAGAUACUGGGGUUGGGAAAUCGAGCAUUGUUUGUCGAUUUGUCCAGGACCACUUUGAUCACAAUAUUAGUCCUACUAUUGGAGCAUCCUUCAUGACUAAAACUGUGCCUUGUGGGAAUGAGCUUCAUAAAUUUCUGAUCUGGGACACAGCUGGUCAGGAACGGUUUCAUUCCUUGGCUCCAAUGUACUACCGAGGUUCAGUUGUGAUAGUUUAUGAUAUCACCAAACAGGAUUCAUUUCAUACUUUGAAGAAAUGGGUGAAAGAACUAAAAGAACAUGGUCCUGAAAACAUUGUAAUGGCCAUCGCUGGAAACAAAUGUGAUCUUUCUGAUAUCAGGGAGGUUCCUAUGAAGGAUGCCAAAGAAUAUGCAGAAUCUAUAGGCGCAAUUGUUGUUGAAACCAGUGCAAAGAAUGCUGUUAACAUUGAAGAACUUUUUCAAGGAAUAAGUCGGCAAAUUCCACCCUUAGAUCCUCAUGAAAACGGUAACAAUGGAGCAAUCAAACUUGGAAAGCAGACUUCACAGACGGGUAGGCGGUGCUGCUGACCCAACUUGAUCUUUUUAGAAUUACUUGAAAAACAGCACCGUUUGCUUUUUUCACUGAGGAAGGACUUCAUGAUCUCAGUGACGUGGCUCCUUAUCUUGAAAGCAGUGAUUUCAAUACUUCCCAUGAUCAAUAAUGCAAGGACCAGAAGCAGAAAGCUUUACUUCAAAGGGAUUUUGCAAAACCUAGUUGGAAAAUCCUCUCUAGUAUCCUGUCAAAAUUACAAUGUCAAAGUGCUCCGAUUCUCUGUUUAAGCCAAUGACUGUUGGUUCUUUUUUUUAAUAAAAAAGUCCUUUUAUAUAUAAAUUCUAGAUUUGCUGCAAAAACUUCUCUUCUUACAUUGCAAAGUGGACUUGGCAUGUUUUUAGAGUCUGUAAUAAUAGGGUGAAAAAAAAACCAUAAACCAUGAUUUUUGGCUUACGGUUUCUCUGCCAUCUUUCUAGCUGGACUCUGCUUCAGUGUUUUUCUAAAUCUGUAGCUUCAUCUCGUACUUUCAGUAAACAUCAGCAAGAAUGGACUGAGUUUGCUAACUAGAAAAAAAAAAUGGAUCCAAAGGAUGUGUGAGUGCAAUUUUUACAGACUAGAAGUCAAAAUCUGUGUCAGGAGGUGCUGUGUAUGUGAAAGAAGGGAGUUGUCAUGAAGGAGACUGCUGGACCCCAUGCAGUUCCAGUCUGCUCUGGAAAGAAGUGAAGAUGCAGCCACUGUGCUUUGCCUGAAUUGAUUCCCUUUCUAGGGCGUAGGCUUCACUAAUUACUGAAACUGUAAAAAGAACGCAAACGCCAGCUUAAUCUCCACUGCUUACCAGGUUUUCUCCAAAUCUGUGCCCCAGACCAAAGUUGUUUCUGCUCAAAGACGCCACUUCCUUGGUUUCUAAAAGAGUGCCACACUGCCCCACUCCUUCGUGGUCUCACUGCAGCGCUCCAAGAAGUCUUCGAGUUGGAAGAAGCUGAUUUCAUACAGAAAUAUCUUAAGAGAGCACAAUAUAAUUUGGGGUUAAAGGCUGGAAUCUAAUAAAACAAACCAGAGCAUUUCUUUACAAAUGCAAUUCUGUGAAUUUGUGGAGUAGUCUCCUCACCCAUGUGGGGAUGCGGUAUGGAAGACCCACUCUGUGAUGCCUUUGAAGCUUGAUGCACUUAAAAAUACAGUGUAGAAAAAAACAUCCAAUAGGUGGUUAUGAACUAGAAAUAACGUAAAACUCUAUGUAUUCUCCACUUCCAUCUUUCAUGAAUGUGUGUGUGACUGACAUGAUAAAAUACGAAUUUAUCUUCUUCAUCAAUUUCAUUGGAAAUUGGAACUAGGGUAAGAAUGCAGGCUUCAAAACCAAAGCCUGGCCUGCGUUCCACAACAUUAAUUUGUUCUGUUAUGAGGAAAAUUAACCUCGCUGCACAUUUGUUGGGGGGCUUAUAAAAAGCAAACAAAAGGGAAAAACAACUUUCCACACUAAAUCAUGAACAGGCGGGCUAGAGCUGGGUUUCUGUGUUUAUACGUAAAAAACAGACCUUAUUGCUUGGUUGUGAGAUUGCUUUCAUAAAAUGGCGCUAAUUAUUAGGGCUUGAAACAGAGCCAGAUGAAAUCAAUGGGAACAUUUCUUUGUCUUCAGAGGGCUUGAAGUAGUUAUAGGUGGGAAACAUCCCACUGGAUUUUUCCUAAGAAUCUAAACUGCAUUGUUUUUUCACAUAUAAUCCAUUUCUCAGAUAUUUUGGAUUCCUUUGAAAGCACUCAUACUUGAAAAUACGCCUUUGAAUAAUACACAGACUCAGACAGCUACCAUGAGAAAGGAUAUUUCUGGUAAACUUUCAGUUGUCACCUGUGCUGAUACAUGCUCCACGUUGCUGCUUCAUCGCAGCAACUAUUUUACAGAUAAUCCAGGCUUACUGAAAGGAAAAUUCAGCAAUCGUUGUUGAUAGUUGGGGAGGGAGACAGGCUCCUUCAGGGAACAUUUCAUCCCAUCCUAGUACAAGCAAGUCUGCCAUGGGUGCCUGGCUCUUUCAACUGGUUAUGGAGGGAGAGGUUAACCUGUCCUUCAGUGCUGAAGAGAUAUCAAACUUACCAACAUCACAGACUCAUAUAAUUUAUGGGAUCUAUGACCCAAUGCUGCAAGAGAUCUGGUUCUUCCUAAAUAAAACCCAGUAAAAGGUUAGACCUGUUACCAAGAAAACAAGGUGAGAUCGAACCCAUGUUUUUAAAGGUGUCUUAAAUUUUACUUCAACAUAUAGUAGUUACGCAUAACUGAUUUUUAGGCUUUCAUAAAUCUUUGUGGCAUAUUUCUUUUUUUUUUAAUGUGACAUCUCAAAACUCAUCAAACCCUACUUGAGAUGUCUGAAAGUUUUGUAAGACAAUUCUACGAGUACCUUGUAUACUCUAAUUUAUGCUAGAACUGGCAACUGAUGCUGAUCUGUAUGGAAUAGAUACUGUCUUGAACAACCAGCUCUCACAGCUGCCAUUGAGCUAUAUGUGAAUCAGAACAGUUAUGAGUUAUAUGCUAAAAUAGUUUAAAAUUGGAAGUUGUUACAAUGGAUGUCUGGCAGAUUUUAAAAUUCAAAUGUUGGCUAAGUAGGCUCAAAGAUAUUUUUGUAUUUCGUGGGCCAAAUCUAAAUCACCUUAUUGUGCUCUUAGUCAAGAAAAAGAUUUAAAUGAAUAAGGAUUCUGAUUGUAUAAGUUCUUGAGAUUUGGGUUACGGUGAGCUUCAGUAGGGAACUCUGAAAAAAUAACUGUGCUGUGCAGAGCAGCUCGCGUUUUUUUUGAAGACGGGGCUCACCUUCGACGAUGUUGCCUCU